GAUACUACCCUGGGAAAGCCGCCCUGGCCUCUGUACAGGGCCGACCUCUGAGCUGCCCCACCUGCCCAGUGCAGGGAUUUGCACAUGCCACAGCACAGCUUCGCUCUUUCCCAGUGUGACACCUCUUUGUACCUCAGUCCCUCCCAGUGAGAGGGCAAGGCUGUGGCAGAGGACCAGCUAUACAUGCUGAUGGGGUCACACAGAGCCACCGGAGCCACCCUCCAUGGUGUGGGCCAUAGACUGGGGGUGAAGAGGGAACGAGGCCUCACUGUCUUCUGCUCCCAGCCCUCGGUGGGAUGGAGGUGCGGUGGUGUACCACCUCAGACCCAGAGCAGCAGAAAUGCAGCGACAUGAGCAAGGCCUUCCAGGAAGCUGGUAUCCAACCCUCCCUCCUGUGCGUCCAGGGCACGUCUGCCGACCACUGCGUCCAGCUCAUCACGGCCCGGGAGGCUGACGCCAUCACACUGGAUGGAGGAGCCAUUUAUGAAGCGGGGAGGGCACAUGGCCUGAAGCCCGUGGUGGGCGAAGUGUAUGAUCAAGAGGUCGGUACCUCCUAUUAUGCUGUAGCUGUGGUCAAGAGGAGCUCGCCUGUGACCAUCAACACCCUGAAAGGCAUUAAAUCCUGCCACACGGGCAUUAACAGGACGGUGGGCUGGAAUGUACCUGUGGGCUACCUGGUGGAGAGUGGCCGCCUCUCGGUGAUGGGCUGCGAUGUGCUCAAAGCUGUCAGUGACUAUUUUGGGGGCAGCUGCGUCCCUGGAGCAGGAGAGACCAGCUACUCAGAGACUCUCUGUCGCCUCUGCCGGGGUGACACCGCUGGGGAGGGGGUGUGUGACAAGAGCGCCCUGGAGAGAUACUACGACUACAGCGGGGCCUUCCGGUGCCUGGCAGAAGGCGCAGGGGAUGUGGCCUUUGUGAAGCACAGCACGGUGCUGGAGAACACUGACGGGAAAACCCUGCCCUCCUGGGGCCAGGCGCUGCUGUCACGGGACUUUGAGCUGCUGUGCCGGGAUGGCAGCCGAGCCGAUGUCACCGAGUGGAGGCAAUGCCACCUGGCCCGAGUGCCUGCUCACGCUGUAGUAGUCCGGGCUGAUGCAGAUGGGGGCCUCAUCUUCCGGCUGCUCAACGAAGGCCAGCGUCUGUUCAGCCAUGAGGACAGCAGCUUCCAGAUGUUCAGCUCUGAGGCCUAUGGCCAGAAGAACCUGCUGUUCAAGGAUGCCACCUCCGAGUUGGUGCCCAUUGCCACGCAGACGUACGAGGCGUGGCUGGGCCGUGAAUACCUUCAUGCCAUGAAGGGUCUCCUCUGUGACCCCAACCGUCUGCCCCACUACCUGCGCUGGUGUGUGCUGUCCACUGCCGAGAUCCAGAAGUGUGGAGACAUGGCUGUGGCCUUCAGCCGGCAGAGGCUCAAGCCGGAGAUCCAGUGUGUGUCGGCCGAGUCUCCCCAGCACUGCGUGGAGUGGAUCCAGGCUGGACAAAUUGAUGCUGUGACCCUGCAGGGUGAGGAUAUCUACAUGGCAGGGAAGAGAUACAGCCUGGUUCCAGCGGCUGGGGAACACUAUGCCCUGGAGGACAGGAGCAGCUCCUACUACGUGGUGGCCGUGGUGAAGCGGAACAGCUCCUAUGCCUUCACGCUGGACGAGCUUCGGGGGAAGCGCUCCUGCCACUCAGCCUUCGGCAGCCCCACCGGCUGGGACAUCCCCGUGGGUGCCCUUGUGCACAGGGGCUUCAUUCGGCCCAAGGACUGCGAUGUCCUCACAGCGGUGAGUGAGUUCUUCAGCGCCAGCUGCGUGCCUGUGAACAACCCCAAAAACUACCCAGCCUCGCUGUGCGCGCUCUGCGUGGGGGAUGAGCAGGGCCGAAACAAGUGUGUGGGCAACAGCCAGGAGAGGUACUACGGCUACAGCGGCGCUUUCAGGUGCCUGGCUGAGAAUGCAGGGGACGUCGCCUUCGUCAAGCACACAACCGUCUUUGACAACACGAAUGGCCACAGUUCCGAGCCCUGGGCUGCUGAGCUCCGGUCAGAGGACUUUGAGCUGCUGUGUCCGAAUGGGGCCCGGGCUGAGGUGUCCCAGUUCGCAGCCUGCAACCUGGCACAGAUUCCGCCCCAUGCCGUCAUGGUCCGGCCGGACACCAACAUCUUCACCGUGUAUGGACUGCUGGACAAGGCCCAGGACCUGUUUGGGGACGACCACAAUAAGAACGGGUUCAAAAUGUUCGACUCCUCCAACUAUCAUGGCCAAGACCUGCUUUUCAAGGAUGCCACGAUUCGGGCAGUGCCAGUGGGGGAGAAAACCACGUACCUCGACUGGCUGGGUGCCAACUAUGUGGCAGCUCUGGAAGGGAUGCUGUCUCAGCAGUGCUCGGGCACAGCUGUCCCUGCCUCUCCGAGGUCCCUGCUGCCGCUCCUGCUGUGCCUCGCUGCGGGCCUCCUCCUGCACUCUCUCUGAAGCAGCUAUGGGCCAGCCUCGCCCUCCCUGGGAAUGGAAACCUACUCAGAAAUCUCCAUAAAAGUAAAGCUGUUCUCCUCGAUAAAUCCGGUUAACACUGCUCACAGAGAAAUGUGUGAUGGGAGAGCAAAUGUGAGAAACCGUGGAGCUCUUCAGAUCUGCAAUUCCCACACUGCAGACAAGUUUCCAUGAUUGCUUCAACCUGGAAUAAAGAUGAAUGUUAAAGUUCCCCCACUUUGAGUGGGAUGUGAGCGGGUCUCUCCUGCUGGAGCCCAGCCUCCGCCUCCCAAGCACCACCUGUCCCCCUGCUACCUGAGGCGGAGUGCUGGCCAGCCUCCCAGUCACGCCCCACCCACCAGCUGGCACCCUGCUUCCCUGCAAAUCUGCAGGCCCUCACCACGGAAGCCUCACCAGGCUUGGCUUUGGAAAGGCCAGUUACCAAGUAAACAGGCUGAGCCCGGGCUUCCACAGGCCCUCUCUGCUGGAAAUUGCCCUGCAGAGCCAUGCAGGGAGGACCUGGGGAGAUGACAGAGCCUGCGGGCACCUCCUCUGCCGGUUCCUACUUCCCCCUCCAGAGAAUGGACAUUGCACCUGGCACCCUCCCCAUCAAUCCCCACUCCAUCCAGCCUCCCUCCUGAGGACACUGUAGCUGCCCACCAAAGGUGGCACCCACCAGCUGAGCCUGUACCAGGCCCUCCAAGGAGGUGAAGCUGCUGGGCAGAGGCAGCCCCUUGCCCUUGUCUUCUGUGAGUUGGCAUAGCCCAGACCGCUGCACCCCUGGACUGGGGAGGGAAGGCAGGCCGGGGCUGGUCCUUGGGAUGAAACCCUCAAGGGGUCCUCAGACAAAGGAAGUGCUCCUCAGUCAGAAUUUUCACUCGGUGUGGGGCCUAACCUGGCCCAAACACCUGUGUGUUGCCAGGAGGGUAGGCCUCAGAUCCCCCUGCCUGUGUGCCCCGCCUUUCAGUGAGGUCAGCUGCACAGGCUCUGCUGGGGCUGAGCCCUGUCAGCAGGUAUCCUCACUCCUGAGUUUCCAUCACAUUAUCCCCUUCCCCUGCCCCAGUGUGCCGCCCAUGGCUUCUCAGGCUGAGGGGCUUGGCCUCGGGGACUGCCCGAUGCGCUCUGGACCCUGGAGCAGGACGUGGCCAGGGCCUCUAAGGCAGCACAGGGCCCUCUGAGGAGGUGGGAUGGGGAGAUGCCUUUCUCCUCGUCAGAGGAUCUAUAGGCCCAGGUCCCACUGGCAGAAGAUCUGCCUCCUCAGUGUGAGCCGGGGUCUCCUCACCCAGCCCUGCACCAAGUGGGCCCAAGGGCCACUCAUUCUGGAGGGAGGGCUCCUCCUUCCAAUCCCUGGCAAGUCGGCAGAAAGUGCCUGAAGAGGGUCUUCGCUCUACUCCAUUUUUGCCAGGGCUGUCUGAGGAGCCGGAAAGUUUCCAGGACUGCCAGCUCUUACUCUGCAAUUUCAGGGAAAAAAGUGAAAAGACGGAGAAGAAACUGGAGCAAACCACCCUCUCAGCUGACUGGGAGCCGCGUGGGCCUGGAGCUAUUUGCAUCCCAGUCUGCGGGGGCCUCGGGGGACGCUGAUGACAGGCCAACUCCCUGCGCUUCGCCCCCAUCUGUGGGCACUGGGACAGAUCCCUUCCAUCUCUCAGCAGCGAAGGAGGCCCCUGGCAGCAUCCUGGCUGUAGUCACUCCAUCCAAAAGAGUCCUGGUCACGGUGCUGGGGCAAGCCCCCACCCCACUGAGGGGGGCCAGAAGGAGCCGGCCUCUGCUACCAAGCUCUGUACCCUCCUCACUGCAGAGAGUGAAUGAUUCUUCUCGGACCUGAUGAUUUUAUUUUAAGGGAGAUUUGUGCAGUGAGAAGUGUAUUUUUGUGUGGCUACCUGGGCCACCAAAAGUGUAAUCUGUGUGAAUGUUUCCUGAUAUAUGAUUAUUAGUUGACAGCAGAGGGCCACUGCUCUUUUGGUACUAAUAAGAGAUGUUAGUUGGUUUGCUAAAUAAAGCCAAA